UACUACGGGCUAAGCUUUGGCAACAAUACAAAGAAUUGGGAGAUCCCCACUUGCCCUCAACAAGCUCCCAUCCUCAGGGGCAGGGCAGGUAACCUGGAUACAGAACUCUGUCCAUAUGAGAGAUAUAGAGGAGAUAGAAGGCAGUCUGAGGGUAGAAAGCCUUAGCUUCUGGGGAGGUGGGGGGGAACCCAGGAAAGGCCUCUUGUAGAAGAGAGGAUUUGAACUGAGUCUUCAAGGAAACCAGAGAACCAGGAAGCGGCAUUGAGGGGGCAGAGCAUUGUAGAACUAGGGGACAGUCUAUGCAAAAACAUGGGAAAAUGUCACAUUCAAGGAACUGCAAGUCAGCCUAGCACAUAGUAGGUGCUCAAUAAAUGCUUGUUGACCAAUUAUUUGCUUGAUGACUCUUGGGGGUACCAUCCCCUGCUUCUUAAUGAUGAUUUCCACAAUGUCCUUGUUCAAAUGUAGAAAGGAAGGACUUCUGAAGCUAUCCCUCCCAAUUACUCCAAUUCCUCCGAGGCCGAGCUUCCCCAUGAUGAAAGUGAAAAGGCCCACUUCCAAGAUGCUUGGCUCAGCCUGCCUUACUUGGGUUUUCAAUCCUACCUUUCCAUGAAAUCCCUUAGUGCCGCAUCAUUCCAAGGCUCUGUUCUCCAUCACACAGUGGGAACACAUGAGGCUUGGCUUGUAGCAAAACCAGAUACCAGUGUUGAGAAGAUCAAGCUGGAAAUCGAAGCAGGACCUAACGCAGCUUCCAGACUAACCCAGACGGCAAAAUCAAUCAAAGAUGAAACCCCUCACAAGCAAUACAGGAUUCCAUCUACCAAGAAUGACCCAGGGAUGCAGGAGAAUAGUGACAUCAGUUCCUCCAAUUCCUCAUCUGCCUCCUUGACUUCUGACAAAAAACCCUCAGAUAUUAUUGGCAAGGAAAAAGCGGACCAAAAUGGCGGCAUCCAAGGCUACGCCGUCAGUGAGAGUGGCAGCAAUAGUCACGGAGGUAGCAAUACCACCGAACUCCCAUCUGUCCGUGACCAGGUAACUCAGCUCAUAAAUUCACUGCACUCUGAGCUGAAAGUAGGAAUCCCAGCAGCUGAGGCAAAUCCAGUCAAGGUAAUGGUUGUGGCAACGACACAGAAAACAGUCCGAUUUUGGGUGCUGACUCUGGUCCUCCCCCUCUUGGGUAUUGUAUGGGAUGGGAGGGUACGACCAUAGCUACAGAACCCUGGGGCUGGCAGCCUGGGGGCGAUUAGGGUUAGGGCAAUGCCUGCUGGUGGAAGAGCAUGAGGUAAGGGAUGGUAGUCAUAGAACAAAGAGAAAGGGCAUCCUUUCCCUAGAGCAAGCAUGUGCCCUAGCAUGUAGACACUCUGAAUCAAAGCCCCAAGUCCUGUAUUAGUUGUGGUUUUAAUAGACUAAUGGGUUUGGAGGAGUCAUGCAUUAGCAUCUCUUUGCAUAUAAACAAGAAGAU